CCAACUUCCAAGCUGCUAACUGAAUCCAGUAAUGGAAAUCGCCAAUAUCAUAGAUGAAAAACCAAAAAGACCUCAGAGUACUUGACAUAGGCUCUUUCUCCUUUCAUCUCUUCCUUUUCGUGUGUUAGGGUUUCUCUCACCGAUGGUCUUUAUCCGCUUCCUCUGAUCCUUCUGCACUUCUGAUUGUAUUGUCUUCUUCGUGUUCCUGUUUCGGGGAAAAAUUAGCUCGAUUCAAAAUCGGAGUUUAAUUGGCUUUGGGUUGAUAGCCGAGGCAUGUAUUCAAGAGGCAGUGGGUAUGGGCAGCAAGCUUAUGGCGGACAGUCGAGCUACGCACAAAGUUUAGGAAACAACUACACUGGUAGUUCUGUUGGAGGAGCUGAUUCAACUUCUCAUCAUUCCUUGGCUUCUAGACAUCUGAGUGGCUCUCAAGAAGCAGAUCUCGGUGGGUACAAAAGCUCAGUUUCAGGGUAUGGGGGGCAAUAUGCGGGUGUCUACGGUUCAGCUGGUGUGAGCACUACCCAACCGGUGAUGUUUCUUAAGCAGGUGACCUCGGUAAGUAGCAAGGGGAGUGGACCAUCCGCUUUGGAAGGCCGUAGUGGCUAUUCACCUAAAUUUGUAGCUGAUGAGUAUGUUCCCUCGUCAAGCCAUGCAUACAGUCACAAAACUGAGCAAUUAUAUGCAGACAAGCUUAGUGAUUACACUGGCAUAGACCGAAGACAUUAUGGUGAACGACAUAGUUCAUAUAUUGGUAGGGAUUUGCAAACUGAUCCAGCAUCCAGAUAUGUAGACAAUGUUGGCUUUGGUCAUCAGACUGAGAGAUAUGAACGUGGGGAUCAGUCAUCGAUUCUCCGACAAGGACAACUGUUAAAGUCACAGUCAAUGCAUUCUUCGUCGCUUGAUGGAGGUGCCAGACCAAUCGAUUACCUUGCAGCAAGAGGUGCUGCUGCUAGCCGUCAUCUGAAACAGGAUCUUGUUGUGUCUUAUGGAGGAGGAAGAGGGGAUGCUGAUCCUCGAAGCUCCUCAAUUCUUAAUAAUGCUUCUUAUAACGGACAACAACAUGCUUCAUCCAUACUAGGGGCAGCUCCACGAAGAAGCGUCGAUGAUCUUCUAUAUUCUCAAAGUUUAUCGAACCCAGGCUAUGGUGUUAGCCUCCCUCCUGGUAGAGAUUAUGGUUCAGGAAAAGGGCCGCUGCAUGGAGCAUCACUAGAGCCAGAGUAUCGUCCUCUUCAUCCAAGGCUCGAUGAUCGAAGGGAUGAAAGAGCCGGUUAUCUUCGGGAGUUUGAGCUGCGUGAGGAAGAACGUCGUCGAGAGUUCUUGCGCGAGAGGGAAAAAGAAAGGGAGAAGGAACGAGAGAGGGAAAGAGAGAGGGAAAGGGAGCGUGAACAUGAAAGAGAACGGGAAAGAGAACGGAGGCGUGAUAGGGAGCGGAUGGUGGAGCGACGGGAGAAGGGAAGGGAGCGGAAGCGCGUAGUUGAGAUUAGACGCGAACGAACUCCACCAAGACCAUUGAGGGAUCCUCGUGGGUCCUCUUUGACAAGAGAGGCGGGACGAUCUUCGCGACGUGAUUCCAUGAGCCAAGAAGCUUCACAUAGGCGUCAUUCUUCACCUGUUAAAGAUAAAAGGAGGGAAUAUGUUUGCAAGGUACAUGGUUCCUGUUUGGUAGACAUAGAUAGAGACUAUUCAUCAUUGGAUAAGAGGUAUCCCAGACUCUUUGUGUCACCAGAGCUUUCCAAGGUUGUUGUUAACUGGCCAAAGGAGAACCUUAAACUUUCAUUACAUACUCCUGUGAGUUUUGAGCAUGAUUUUGUAGACGAUGAAAAAGUUUUAGAAUCGAAGGAUGUCUCCAGCAAGCUUCUGGGACAUCAUCCUGUUAAAUUGGAGAAUGGUUGCAGAGUGUGGAAUGCGAAGCUAAUUUUAAUGAGUGGAGUAAGCAAGAGUGCUUUCGAGGAGCUGUCAUCUGCGAAGUUUUCUGAUGAUCGUCCAGCCCAUAUUUGUAACGUCCUUAGGUUUGCAUUGCUGAAAAAGGAUCGUGCUUUCAUGGCAAUUGGUGGUCCCUGGGAUCCUGUUGAUGGUGGUGACCCAGCAGUUGAUGAUUCUCCUUUAAUUCAAACAGCACUUAGAUAUGCGAAGGAUAUAACUCAACUUGAUCUGCGGAACUGUCGUCACUGGAAUCGUUUUCUCGAGAUACACUAUGACAGAUUUGGAAAGGAUGGCACUUUUAGCCACAAAGAGGUCACUGUUCUAUUUGUUCCAGACUUGUCCGAAUGUCUUCCUUCAAUUGAUACAUGGCGGAAUCAAUGGCUUGCUCACAAGAAAGCUGUUGCCGAGAGGGAGCGUGAGCUUUCUUUGAGAAAGGAGAUAACUGGAGAAAAGAAGGAAGGCUCAAAAGACAAGGGACAGGACUCUGCGAAAGAUACUAAGAAAGUUACCAAACCGGAUGCGGUGAAGACAUCUGCUGCUGCUUCUAGUGCCAACAAAAGGGAGAAAGACAGAAAUGAUUCCAAAGACAAAAUGGUUGCUGAGAAGGAUGCCGACUAUGAUAUGUCUGGGAAAGAAUUUGGAAAUGAUGUUGGGAAUAAAGCGAAGGAUGAUACUGAGAAGGAAACCAAGGUUGAAUCUUCAAGUACUAAGACAGCUGCUGGUGUAAGGCCAGGAAAGAAGAAAAUAAUUAAAAGGAUUGUUAAGAGGAAAGCAGUUGCUAUGUCGGUUGAUUCUGCCAAUGCCGCAACAGGCGAUAUGCCAAGUGGGACGGAUGUUGGAGAGAAACCUGCUGAAAGUGAAGAUAAGGGCCCGCAGCCUGAAGGGAAGGGUGAGGUGGUGAUACCUCAGUCUAUUCUGGGUAAACCCAAGGAUAAGUUGGAUCCCAACGUGGGGACAGGAUCACCUGUUAGCGUCAAAACAGCUGUGAAGAAGAAAAUUAUCAAGAGAGUGCUUAAGAGGAAGCUCACCAAGAAGGAAGUUACUGAGGGAACUGUUGGGACUACUUCAGUGGAAGAGAAGACGGUAGCUCAAGUAGUUAAGGAAGUAGAAAAUGCAGGGAAUCAAGUAUCAGCAGAGAUUGAGAAUGACGAGGUUAAAGAGUUAAAGGAGAUGGCAACUUCUACUCGAUCGUUGAAAUCGCCAGAAAAUAAAGCAAGUUUGCCAAAGCCAACAAAUAAAACAGAUAGCAAGGCAAUAAAGGAAGACAAGGACGAAAAGAAACUCGAAGGGAAAAAUGGCAUAGGCAAUAGAGCUGAUGGUAAGGCUGACAAGCAGAAGGGUGGUGAGAAGGAUAUUCAUACUGCUGCCAAAAAAGGGAGAUCAGUGGAUGGGGAGAAAACAAAUGACAAAGACGGGAAAAGUGAGACAAGGAGUAAAUCUCCUAAAGAAGUGAAAGAGAAGAGAAAGUGUGAAGACCCUCCUAAACACCCUGGAUUCAUUUUGCAAACAAAAUGCGACAAACAAACUUUGUUGUACUCAUUGUCACUCUCUUUAGACUCACUUUUGGAUUAUACGGACAAGGACACCGAUGAAUCAACAGUGGAGCUUUCUUUAUUUGCGGAGUCCCUACAUGAAAUGCUUCAGUAUCAAAUGGGUUGCCGUCUAUUAGCAUUCCUUCAGAAACUACGCAUAAAAUUUGUUGCGAAAAGGUAUGAACGGAAAAGGCGGAUUGAGGAAAAUGAUGCAAAGGACAAAGAUGGAAAAUCCUCGACAAAGCGCCUUAAACCCAGUGAGGCUACUUUGAAGAAUGAAUCUGAUGCUGAAAUGUUGAAUGCAACAAAUCAACCUGAUCAACAAAAAGAUAAAGAGGAGGAUGCUUCUGCUCCGAAAAAUGAGGUAAAGCCUCAAGAUGACACAGAUGAAUAUGAAGAAGAUCCUGAAGAAGAAGAAGAUCCUGAAGAAGAUCCUGAACUACCUGAAGACAAUGAUGAAGAAACGGAGGAUCCUGAGCCGAAUAUGGUUACUGAGAACAACAAAGAGGAAUCAAAAACUACUACUGCUGAUGGUGCUGCUCAUGGAGUGUUGGCUGUCAAUGAAACUGGUGGUAGCGAUGGUGACACGAAGAAAAUUAUGGAUGCCAAAGACAAGUCUGAGUUGUAUUCUACGACUGAGGAAGGAGGUGCAGAAAUAGUGCAGAAGGGGAAUAAAGGGAAAGAUUCUUCUGCUCCGAAGGAGCCAGUGAUUGUGGAUAAGGAGCUGCUGCAAGCUUUCAGGUUUUUUGAUCGGAAUAGGGCUGGGUUUGUUAGGGUAGAAGACAUGAGGGUAAUCAUCCAUACUCUGGGGAAGUUCCUUUCUCACAGAGAAGUGAAGGAACUUGUUCAAAAUGCAUUGCUGGAAAGCAACACCGGGAGGGAUGACAGGGUCCUUUAUCCCAAGCUGGUGAAGAUGAACCUGUCUUAGAGACGAGAUAUGGAAGCGCUUUCUGCAGCACAGUAAACUUAUAACAGUUGCUUUCUGGGACUGUAGCCAGCCAGAACCUCCACCUUUUUUGACGAGCUUGUUUAUUAGAUAGAUGCAAUACAGACGUGAGAUUGAUUGAUAUUUGAUACAGCAAGCGAGGUAGAUAAUAUUCAUACCUCCUAUCUAUUGAAAACAUCCAUUAUUGCUUUUAGCAACUGUUGUUUUGCCAGCAUUACAUUUGAUGAUGAAUUGAAAGAAAGCUAUCAGUCCAAUAGCAAUAAGGAAAUAAAAAAAAGGGGGUUAUCUUUCAGAGGACUAAUGUUCAAUAUACCUUCUGUUCUUGAAUUUCAACACCAAUCAGUGAUCUAAGUAAUUUUUUCUUCACAACUUUCCCAUACACCCCCUUCCCGAGCUUCAUGGCUCUCUCAAUCUCCAAUACUCCACUCAUGUUCGUCAUAUCUCGCAUCAAAACCUUCAACAGCCUCUCGUCACUUCCCACAGCUUCUGCAACACUCUCCACCACCACAUCACUUGCCGGGAUUCGUCUCCCCCACCUCUUCACUGACGCAUAACCGUCUUCAUAAACACCCCAAAACGACGCUCUCAAAUAGCCCUUCUCUCUCCCUCUCACGUUCCAUCUCUUCAUUGCUUCCUCUAUCCUGAAGAUCACUCCCCCGAAAUCUACCAUUCCUUUUCCCUUUCCUAGCCCCAUCAUCUCAAUCUCCUUCAGCUCUUGCUUAUCUGCCCAAAACCCUUCUUCAAACCUGCAUCUCCUGCAGUGGCAACUGAACCCCCAUGUCUGAGACAUCUCCUUCCUCUUCUCUAACGGCAGAAGCACGUCAAAAUAACUGAACGUGAGCUCUUCUCCUGCUUUCACAUCCUUGGAGAGAUGAACCAUUACAUAGUCGCCAACGUGCAGCCUGCGUGAGUUUGGGAUGCAUGAAUGGUUGAUGAAUGAAGCUAGGACCCACAAACCAACACCAUAGUAAUCGCUGUUCUUCCCCAAAACCUUGGCGGACACCGAGUCUUCCACCAGGGAGUUAACGUCCAGUAUGUUGAGAAGGUCGUCGGAGCUCAGGUCCGGUUCCAAGUCGCCGCAUUCCUCUGUAAGCUCCCCCUUGAAGAGCUCUGUUUCAGGGAUCUCAAGGCUGGCUUCGUCAUCUCCUGGGGAUAAUGUACUAAUUAGCCGGCGAAUCCAGGUGCACUUUGCGGCAGAGUCGGAGACUUGGUCGAUGAAACUCUUCCACAUUACUAAUUGGGCGUUCUCCGCGGAGUCUUCUUCUUCAUUGGAUAAUAUGCAUCUCUCUGUGGCGAUUGCUUUAGUGACCAACACCAAUGUCCCUGCAUCCAUGUUCUUGGUAGCGAAAAGGCCUCUCCCACUGAGCUCCUCGGAUCUUUUGAUCUUCACCGCUCCCACGUACUCUGCAAGCUCUGGCGUCUUGCCCCGGAACCCGUUGAGAAUCCAAUCGGUGAGAUCGAAAGCGCCGGUUCUCGAUAAAGACUCGAGCUUUUUACAUUUCUCAAUGUACCCGUUUAGGGUUUCGUUGGAUUGUGGGUCUUCCAGAAGAGCUGAUUUGAAGCAGAGCAAAGCGGCGGAGUACCUGUUUAAGGCGAAUAAGAUCCUGCCUUUGCCGAGCAGAGACUUGUAAUGGGUGGGUUCGAUUUCCAGCGCUUGGUUGCAAUCUCUGAGCGCUUUGUCGGGAUCUCUCAGCCGGAAGUGGGCCUCCGCUCGAUUUGAGAGGCCGAGACAGAGGGAUCUCUGGAUCUUGGUGAGAUGAGGGGAGUUGCACAGCGGCGGCGGGUGUUUCUCGAUAUGGGAUCGGCAGAGGGUGAUGAAUUGGGUAUAGACUUGUACGGAAUCGUGCCACUCUUCUCGGAGGAGGAGCUCCGAGGCUUUGAGCCGGAGCUCUUGCAUCUGCCCCUCUUCCUUCAUGGACGGUAGCGGAUGCUGAUGGUGGUGAUCGUCUUUGUUCAUCACGGCACUGAAACAGAGUGGGUAGUAGGGUGCGCCGGUGCGGGUUGAGAGUGCUCUGAUUUUCAGAGGUCUUGUUGGUUGGU